AUGCUUUCCGAACAAUUCAUCUCUUCAAUUCGUGCUCAGCCUAGAACGGCGAAUACUGCCAUUUCAAAAGAUAUCGGCAUUUACCUUCACACUCUACAUCCUUCCCCAAAAAUCGAAUCACAUUUCAAGAAAUCUUCUACCUCAGUCAAUUCCCUGGCGGCAAAUUCAUCUCAUAUUUUCGCGGCACAAGCUGAUAAGGCGGUUAUUCAUGUUUAUUCCAGGCAAAAUGGAAAUCAAGAAGCUUUAAUUUCAUUUCCCGAAAGGUUACACUCCUUAACUUUGGUCGGCGAUGGUUUGGUAGUAUUGGGUACAAGCGAGGGUCGGGUCAUACUAUGGGAGAUCUUUACCGGUAGACAAGUUUCAACAUCAGCUGCACAUUUACAACCAAUCUCUUGUAUCGCGGCCACUUCAACUCAUAUGGUGACGGGUUCCGAAGAUUCAAAUCUCCACGUUUGGUCCAUCUCACAACUUUUAUCAUUACAUUCAAAUACGAGUGAACCACAUGAACCAAUUCGAUCCUUGUCAAAUCAUCGAGCCGCAAUCACUUCCGUCAUCAUGGGUCAUGGUUCCAGUACUUCAAAUAUUUGCAUCUCAGCAAGUAAGGAUAAUUCAAUUAUUGUUUGGAAUUAUCACACGGGUGAUCUUCUAAGAACAUUCUUACUCUCAUCUACACCAUUAUGCAUGGCACUGGACCCAUGCGAUAGAGCCGUCUAUACGGGCUUCGAGGACGGUUCAUUACAAAUGAUUGAACUCAUUCAACCAAAUUCAUCAAUCAAUCCAUUAUUUGAUACUCGACUACAGAAUACCCCAGUUCAGGUUACUUCAUCUAUUUGGUCCCCGCCAUCGGAUAUUGGCACUGUACAUUGUUUAGGGCUGAGUUAUGAUGGAACAAGUUUAUUUUCGGGACAUUCUUCUGGAAAGAUCUCACACUGGGAUACGGGUAGACGUGCUUUCUUGGUAGAACUUUCCGAUUUGAAUGCUCCUGUAACAAACCUUGUUAUGCAAUCUCCUUUUCCAAAGACGUCAAAAAUCAAAUCAAUAAAUGUGGUUAAGCCUAAAUUGGCAGAGGGUAAUUAUACAUUUACAGCUCAAUUGAUUGGUAAUAAGGGAUCUUCAAUCUUUGAUCAAGCUUUGGAAUAUCAAGGAUUUCCCCAGGGUAUGAUUGAGAAGGCAUUAUUAAAUCUUUCUGAACCUCAAGUUACAACCACAUCAUCUUCAUCAUCUUCAUCCUCUAGCGAGGAAGAAAAGUUACGAAAAGAAAAUUCGGAAUUAUGGAAGGUUAUCAAUGAGCAACGUGCUCUUCAAAAGAAAACCUUUGAAAAGUAUUCCGAGUUAAAGACUGGUGGUGUUUGA